ACUCUCAUUUGUGAACUUGAUCACUGUGUUUCAAUGGCUGAUGCUGGUGGUUCAGUCCCUGCCAAGGGGAUGCUGUGUUCGGUCCCCGAAAGGCUUCAGCUUCACAUGGCGAUGCUGGCCUUGCAGUUUGGUUAUGCAGGGUUCCAUGUGGUUUCAAGAGCUGCCCUUAAUAUGGGUGUUAGCAAACUUGUGUUCCCAGUUUAUAGGAACAUCAUUGCUUUGCUUCUGCUCUUACCAUUUGCUUAUUUUCUUGAAAAGAAGGAGAGACCGACCAUCACUCUAAAUUUUCUUCUGCAGUUCUUCCUCUUAGCUCUUGUUGGAAUCACAGCCAAUCAGGGUUUCUACUUGUUGGGUUUAGACAACACAUCACCAACCUUUGCAUCAGCAAUCCAGAACUCUGUCCCUGCCAUUACCUUUCUCAUGGCAGCCAUACUAAGGAUAGAGAAAGUGAGGCUAGAUAGAAAAGAUGGGAUAUCCAAGGUUAUUGGAACAAUCUUAUGUGUGGCCGGAGCAUCGGUUAUAACACUAUACAAAGGUCCAACCAUAUACACCCCGGUUCCACCUCUAAACAAACCCACACCGAUGUUUGUUUCACUAGGGGACGCAAAUGGAAAGAACUGGACCCUCGGUUGUCUCUAUCUAAUCGGCCAUUGCCUAUCCUGGUCCGGUUGGCUGGUGUUGCAGGCACCGCUGUUGAAGAAGUACCCGGCUCGACUCUCUGUCACAUCCUACACAUGUUUCUUCGGUCUCAUCCAGUUCCUCGUCAUCGCGUUAGUUUUCGAGAGAGACUCUCAAGCCUGGAUGUUCCACUCCGGCGGAGAACUCUUCACUAUUCUCUACGCGGGAGUGGUGGCAUCAGGGAUUGCAUUUGCCGUACAGAUAUGGUGCAUCGACAGAGGCGGCCCUGUUUUCGUUGCUGUUUAUCAACCUGUUCAGACUCUUGUUGUCGCUAUCAUGGCAUCCAUUGCUUUAGGGGAAGAGUUCUAUUUAGGAGGAAUAAUCGGGGCAGUGCUGAUUAUAGUCGGACUGUACUUGGUUCUAUGGGGAAAAAGCGAAGAGAGGAAGUUCGCUGCAAAAGAAAAGGAAGCCCUUGAAUCUACGGCGGAGCAGGGGAACGGCAGCAGAACACCGAGCCUCACUCAGCCAUUGCUCCACCACUCGACGGAAAACGUUUAACUCCAAAAGCCACAACUUUUUAACCAUGGCGGAAACAACUAGACACUACCACUAUUUCAGAAAGUUUGUGUGUAAUUUCUUCUUUUUUUUAUUAGUUAAUGGCUUUCUCUAAGUAGCAGAGAGGGCUAAAGGAGAAGCUUUUUUUUUUGAAGUGGUGAUUGAUGAUGAUGAUGAUGCUCCCAUAUGCUUUUUGUAUGUUGAUUUGAUGGUUUGAUUUUAAGAUAAAAAGAUAUGGAAAAAAAUUUAUGGA